CACUUUACACCCACUUGGAAUCAGUGCAUAACAGUCAAAAACAGUGUCAGUGGGCUCCCCUUUACCAAAUAUAGGUUAUAACAACACUCCGGCUCUCUCCCUCUGUCCUCGGGUUGUACCAUUGCAGGAAUGAAUUUUAACUUGUGCGAUGAAAGCUGGAGAUGAAUACUUCAUCCGUGACCCACAUAAUGGCGAUAUAUGAGGCUCUGUAAGCGGAGCUCCGUCGUGUUGCAGCCGGCUCCUCCGCGGUGAGUUGUCGGUGCUGUGGGGAGCUGUUAGCGGCGCGCCUCGCCUCCUUUCUUCUCCGCCUGGAUCCGGCUCCUCUCUCCAUCUCGCUUCCAGGAAGAGGAGGAGAGGAGGGAGACGGAGAAGCGGCACACACCGAGUGGAGGGCGACGGAGAGGGGAAAAAUAACAGAAUCCAGGCACUGAGGAAUCAUCCAGGGCUUGCUGUCUAGGAUUUCACCUGGAGGGCCUGUGUGAGGCAGCUGACCAUCCCCAGGAGAAGAGACUUCAGCCUGGCCUUUAACUGCUCCGACACUCCCAUCGCUUCACAGCUCCAAUAAAAACCUCCCCCUCACCCUGGGGCCCUGACUCCAGUCUUCCAGCUCUCCCACACCUCCAUAAUUUCAGCUUCACCUGAUCAGUCCACCCUCAAAACUCCUCUUACUCUGGCCCUUCUCCUGCUCUCUCCCUGCCUCUGCGAGUCUCCCCUGGGGUUCUGAGGCCAUGGCGGUACCUUCAGUCCAUGAGUUUCACUGGCAGAGCCUCGCACGACUGCCCAGCGGCCGCGUCUACCACACUCUGUCUGAGGUGGGGGGGCAGAUGUACAUGCUGGGGGGCUGUGAUGCUGCAGGGAGGCCCUGCCCCACUGUGGAGCUCUACUCCCCUGAGGAGGACCGCUGGAUUAACUUGCCCCCCAUGCCCAGUCCUCGAGCAGGAGCAGCUGUAGCAGUCCUUGGGAAACAAAUCCUGGUGGUAGGGGGAGUGGGCGAAGACCAGAGCCCUCUGAAGGUGGUGGAGAUGUACAACACAGAGGAAGGAAGAUGGAGGAAAAGGAGCGCUCUACGGGAGGCCUUGAUGGGAGUUUCCAUCACUGUGAAAGAUGGCCGUGCACUGGCUGUUGGGGGAAUGGGUGCUGACCUGCUCCCGCGUAGCAUCCUGCAGCAGUAUGACCUUCGAAAGGACGUGUGGGCACUCCUUCCUCCCAUGCCGACUCCUCGCUAUGAUGCCAACAUACAUCUGCUGGCCAACAAGCUCUACGUGGCAGGUGGCCGUCAGUGCAAGAGACCAGUGAAGGCCUUUGAGGUGUAUGAUUCAGAGACCCGUUCUUGGACUACACUACCCACUAUGCCUUGUAAACGUUCAUAUGGGGGUGUGAUAUGGGACACAAAUGGAAGGCUGUGUCUCCUCGGAGGACUGCGGCAAGGAGGAGGGCACCAGAGCUCCAAGUUCACCAAAAAUGUCAAUAUUUUUGACACCAAUCAAGCAACGUGGUUGAAGUCAGAGGAGACGGUGCCCAUGAAAACAAAGAGAGCAGACUUCGCCGCAGCCUUCCUGCGUGGGCGAAUGGUAGUAGCAGGAGGCCUUGGUCAUGAGCCCUCCGCCCUGGACACAGUGGACGCCUUUCACCCACAGAAGAAGAAGUGGGAAAAACUGGCUCCAAUGAACUUCCCCCGAUGCUCGACCUCCUCCAUUAUCAUUAGAGACCGCCUCCUGGUGGUGGGAGGAGUCAACCAGGUUCCCAGCUCAGCCAAUGAGAUUCUGUACGUAAAGGAAGAAGAGUAUCUGUAGCCACAUGAACACCAGAUGAAUGCAGCACAUCAGUGAUUCCUCUUCUUCUCUGCAAAUCCUUCCUGAUUCAGACUGUAGUGCAAUAUGUAGGAAGCUUUGAAAACACUGAGAGAUGGAGUCUGGGUGUCUGACUUUCUGAUGUAUUGGAACAUGUAACACUGCCCCCUGCUGGGCUGUACUGACAUCGAGAGCCACGUCUUAGCACACUGAUGCACAAUGGAGGAGCUGGCUCUUUCUUUAUACCAACUCAUGUUUCUUGAUACUUUUGGUAUGUGACACUUCUGCGUUGUACGUUGUAGUGCAUACAUGGAAAAGAACUAUUUUGUAGCUUCUAUGUCUUGUUAUGUAGACGAUACUGUUAUAUGGAUGAACUAACUCAUUGCAUUUGUGCAACUGAUGUGUGAUUUAAUGUCUUUAGUUUUUUCUCUAUUUGUGUUCAGCUUGCCUGAAGAUGCAUAUGUAGAUUUAGUAAUUUAAACAUAAGACUUUUGAAUUAAUUUAAUGACAUGACUGCAAUAUUUGUAUAUUAUUUAAUAACAUUUUGCCAAAAAAAAAACCACCUCACAUGGUAGCUGAUGCUUGAUAAACGGUACUGUAACAGAUAUUGCACUUAAGCAGCGUACACUGAAUGGGGGAUGGCGAUGUUAUUUCUGCUGUGAUUUAUUCUGCAGUAACUCUAGCGAUGAUGAUGUACUACCACUCUUCUACUGUGUAAGUAAACAUUUGUGGGUCUGGUUACAGACAUGAUUUUAUCCAUGCAUACAUGAAAAUAAUCUAUACAGAGAUAAGAUGUCUGUUGUAAACAACAGGCUCCAGUUUGACUCAAACCAUGUAUACAUUUUAUUCUUUGAGCAAUACCAGUUAUCUUCUUUCCGUCUUUAUUUGUGUUGUGCUGUAAAAAUCGUCAGUUAUAUUACAAUGCUUAAGUUUCUUUGUCUUUGUUAAGACAAGGGUAGUCUAUUUAGGGAUAUCAUCUCAAAUUUAUUCAGAGUUCUAGUCAAAUUAUUCCUUCUGUUGUGUUCAUCAAGCAACCAUGCAGUAAAAUAUUCAUCAAUUUCCUCUCUGAGACUUAACCUGAAAAGGAGUCAGUCAUUGGUCUGCCUUUAUCCCUAUUGUGUCAUGCUAUAUUAGGAAUAUAACUGGUCAUAUGCAGUGGAUUAAAUUUGGUUCGUUUGUGUUGCGCUUAUUUACCACUAGAUGGCAGCAGCUGCCAGCAUUACCCAACAAGAGGCAUGCAAUCUUUAGUCAAGUCAUACACUGACAAUGAUAUUAUGGCAUAAACUUUUAGUCAAAUCUUUACUUAAUUUCUUGCAUUAAACAUUUAUUUUUUGGCUGUUUUUCAAAGUCUUAACUUUUGGAUUGAAUACAGAACACUCAAAUGCACAACUAAACUAAGAAAGCCUUACCAUGUUUCUGAAAACAUACUUUAAUUCAUGGCCAUUUCUAUGAUGAUGACUACCAACAAGUCCUUUUUAUUUGACAUUUUCACACAGGGCUAUUAUACUAUGAUUUUCUUUUCAAAUAUUAUGCAAUGAUCAACUCAAAAAGUUUUGUUUCUGGAAAACUGUACAAACUAAAACAUGAAUUAGAGUGUCAUUAAACAUGUGCAGCCCUUGAGCUUACAAUGUGUGAUGCAG